AUGGCGUCCCGCCGUCACAUUCUCCUCAUCAAUGGCCCCAAUCUCAACCUCCUCGGCACCCGGGAGCCCCAAAUCUACGGCUCAACAACCCUCCAUGACAUUGAGCAAGCCUCCCAUACUCUGGCGUUCUCGCUAGGUCUUCGUCUUACAACCUUCCAGUCCAACCAUGAAGGAGCCAUCAUCGACCGUAUCCAUCAAGCAGCGGGAUUCUUCCCGUCUCCACCGUCACCGUCGCCGUCAAGUGCUGCAACCACGACGGAAGCAGGAGUGGGUCCCGGAGACAAAGUGUCGGCCAUCAUCAUUAACCCCGGCGCUUAUACGCACACGAGUAUAGGCAUCCGCGACGCGCUUCUGGGGACAGGAAUUCCGUUUGUGGAGGUUCACGUGUCGAAUGUGCAUGCGAGAGAGGCGUUCAGACAUCAUAGUUACUUGAGUGACAAGGCGGUGGCAGUCAUUUGCGGUUUGGGGCCGUUUGGGUAUAGUGCUGCGCUGGAGUUUCUUGGGAGACACAUGAAGUUUUGAGAACGUCAUUGGGAUGGGAUGCUGAUCUUCAACGUCCAAGUUGGCACCUGCAUACACAAGAUGAAGCUGGUCAUCUUGAAUCUGUGAUAUCAGGUGGCGUUGAUGGCAUUGUAGCAGCUUACCUCUAGUCUACAAGGUUAGUAUGAAGCGUCGGAUUGAAUGCUCAAAGUUUAGGAUCUCUCUUGCUUGGAUCCACACCGAAGAAGGGAAGUCCAAAAGCAUGGGAAAGCAUGCUUUGAUGUCAGGAAUUAUAGCCCUAUUAAUGUAGAGCCUGGAUGUAUAUUGUCUUCCACC